GGCAACACAGCUUUUAACAUUUGACGUUGACGUUUUCGUUGCUUUGAAUGUUUAUAAUCUAUUUCCUCGAAAACCAAUUAUUUGGAACAUAAAUUAUCAGUUUAACAAUAAUGAUCCACGAUUAAGAUAACAACUUUUUAUUUUUAAUUUUAUGUUUCAUUAUUGCGUGGCAAGAUUAGCCUUUGUUGCCACACAUCAGUUUUCCAUCUGCUAUCGUAAAUGGAAAAUGAGUUACUUGUCCUCGAGACAUAUCCCAUGGGGCGUGAGAUUUUUACAAAAACUGACCGACAGAUGCUGUCCAAGGCUGCAUUUCAACAGAGAAUUAUGCUACCGCGGUAGUGUUGUGUUCCUUACUUAUAUGGCCUACAUGAGUUACCACUUGUCUCGGAAACCAAUUUCAGUAGUUAAGGCUGUUUUACAUCAAAACUGUAGUGGUCUAACGCCUCCACCAGAUGUGAUUCCUGGGAAUAAAUCGCAUUGGUGCGAUUGGGCGCCUUUUAAUGGAUCUGAUGCUAGUGCAUCACAACUAUUGGGAGAGUUGGAUUCCUCGUUUUUAUUCUGCUACGCAAUUGCUAUGUUUAUUUCAGGAUUUGUUGCCGAAAGAGUUAAUUUGAGAUACUUUCUAAGUCUGGGGAUGUUAAUGUCUGGCAUAUUCAGCUAUUUGUUUGGUAUUGCCAAAAGUUAUAAUAUACAUAAUUUAAGUUAUUACAUAAUAGUACAAGGUCUUGCCGGUGUUGCUCAAACAACUGGUUGGCCUGGAGUUGUUACCGUAAUGAGCAACUGGUUUGGAAAGAAAAAACGCGGACUGAUUUUCGGUCUUUGGAAUUCCCACACUAGUAUUGGCAAUAUUUUAGGCUCUCUAAUAGCAGCAGAAUACGUUGAAACUGACUGGUCGUUAUCAUUCAUAAUGCCAGGUUUGAUUGUUGGAGUUGUAGGAUUUGUUUUAUUUUUAUUUUUGGUGGUGAAUCCUAGUGACGUCGGAUGUACCGUAGCCGAACCGGAAGAACGAACCCAAAACGGGCGACAGUAUAGAAAAUUGCAAGAUCGGGUCGCUGAUGUUGAUAAUGCGUCACGAAUCAGUUGCGAAACCGACGAUACCGAUAUUAUUUUAGGCGAAGAGGCCGUCUUAACACACAAUAUUCAGUACGCGUCCUUAGAUGAAUUUGAAGUGCAAAGAAGACUCACCGAAAGGACUCGUCUAUUGCCUGGAAAUGAUGCUUCUUCCAGAGACACCGCCAUUGGUUUCCUAGGAGCCUGUCGUAUUCCCGGGGUGAUUGAAUAUUCACUUUCGUUGUUUUUUUCAAAACUCGUCAGUUAUACGUUUUUGUACUGGUUACCGUUGUACGUAAAAGAAUCACUGAAGAUGGGCGCUACCCUAAGUGCUGAUUUGUCAACUCUUUUCGAUGUUGGAGGUAUUGUGGGAGCCAUUGCAGCAGGGGUUAUAAGCGAUCAUAGCGGAAUGUCCGCCACUACGUGUGUGGGGAUGUUGGCAAUGGCGGCCCCAAUGAUGUACAUUUAUCAAAAACUAAGCUACUACAGUUUGGCUUUAAAUAUGGUAUUACUGAUAGUCGUCGGAAUCCUAGUGAAUGGGCCUUACGCUCUAAUUACAACUGCCGUUUCAGCCGAAUUAGGCACACAUUCCAGCCUAGAAGGUAAUUCGAAGGCAUUAGCUACAGUUACUGCUAUUAUUGACGGAACUGGUUCAAUCGGUGCAGCUGUUGGACCAUUAUUGGCUGGCUUUGUAUCAAACUAUGGAUGGUCCAAUGUAUUCAUCAUGUUGAUGAUAUCUGACAUUUUAGCUUUAAUUUUAUUAUUACGAUUAGUUAAACAUGAAAUCCACAGAUGUCGAAGUAUAAGAAGAGAAAUGCGUAUAGAAUGACAUUAAGUUAGUGUUGUUAUGUUCUUAAGUAACAACACAAAAUAGCCUAAUUUUAAUUAAAUUAUUAAAUUUUAUUGUGAUAUAAUAGUUGCAAUUAUAUGUCGUAAAAAUAUAAGUAAAGGUAUACCGAACUUCUAUUAAAGUUGACAAUUGG